GCCCUCCUCUCUUUGUGAACCACGAAGCUUCGCAUAGUGCGAGGAUUACAAAGAAAACGACGCCGGUUGGGUUGCUUCCUUAGCCGUGUCUGUAGUUCGUGUGUGCUUUUCCUUCUGGUUCAUUAAAAAAAAAAAAAGAAAAAAAGAACAGAUCCCUCAAAUCUUCUCUACGUUGUUUGGAAUUGAUUCCAUUAGUUUCUGGGUGUUCUUUAUCCCUACACACAUCUCAAAAUUGCCAUCUAAAGUCAAUUAAAAUGGUGAAGGAGACAGGGUAUUACGAUAUCUUGGGUGUCAGUGUUGAUGCCUCUCCAGCUGAGAUCAAGAAGGCUUACUACCUCAAGGCAAGGAUAGUUCAUCCAGAUAAAAAUCCUGGGGACCCAAAAGCUGGUGAGAAUUUUCAGGCACUUGGAGAGGCUUACCAGAUUUUGAGUGAUCCUGAGAAGCGUGAAGCAUACAACAAAUAUGGAAAGGUGGAGGUUCCACAGGACUCCAUGGUGGACCCUGCUGCUGUUUUUGGCAUGCUAUUUGGGAGUGAGUUUUUUGAAGAUUAUGUUGGGCAAUUGGCUCUAGCCACUCUGUCAUCUAUUGAAAUGGAAGAGGAGUCACAAGAUAUGGAAGUCCGCAAGCAUAAAGCUCAAGAAAAAAUGAAGGCAUUGCAGAAAGAGAGGGAAGACAAGCUUAUAACAAAUCUGAAAAAUAAUCUCGAACCAUUUGUUGAAGGUCGUACGGAUGAGUUCAUAAAAUGGGCUAAUUCAGAAGCAAGGCGCCUUUCAUCAGCUGCUUUUGGUGAGGCAAUGCUACAUACCAUUGGUUACAUAUACACAAGGAAAGCUGCCAGAGAACUUGGAAAGGACAAACGCUUCAUGAAGGUACCAUAUUUUGCAGAAUGGGUACGCGACAAAGGACACCAAAUAAAAUCACAAGUAAUGGCAGCUUCAGGUGCUGUUUCUUUGAUCCAAAUACAGGAAGAGCUGAAGAAGUUAAACCAGGAAGAUAAUAAUGAGGAGAGCUUACUGACAGUCAUUGAAGAAAAGAAGGACACCAUGAUUCAAUCCCUUUGGCAGAUUAAUGUAGUGGAUAUUGAGACAACUUUGUCACAAGUUUGCCAAGCAGUGCUUAAAGACCCUAGUGUGUCCAAAGAUAUCCUCAAAUUACGGGCCAAGGGAUUGAAAAAACUUGGGACAAUCUUCCAAGGCGCUAAAGUUGCUUACAGCAGAGAAAACAGCUUGCGCCACGAAAACGACCAGAGCGGCGGUGGUCCAUCAUCCUAGUUUUCUUGACAUGGGGACUUCUGCUUCGGCUGAAAGUGGUUGCUUCUGUUUCUACUGCUUCCUCCCAGUCAAUUGACAUUGUAUUCAUCUGCGGUUGUAUUUUAAUUUUAUACAAGUAUGGCCGCGGAUCUAGUCAUCCUAGCCUCUGGCCGAUAUUGUGCUCGAUGCCCAGUACCUAGUAAUUAAUCUUUCGUUUAUGCAUUUUUUGGUUGUAAAUUAUGAGUGCUCAUAUGAGCAAACAUGUGGUCAAGUGGCUAAGUUGCAUAAAUAUAACGUAGAGGUCACAUGUCCCAGCAUUCUCGCCUUA